CCCAAAGUUGCUAUAAAACUUGGUGUGUGUGUGUUUGUAUACAUAUAGAAGAGUUUCAUUUAAAUUUCUCAAUACUAAGAUCAGAAUUGAAUUAAAAUGGGAGUUACCAUUGGGAUAAUGGUAAUGGGGAUUUUUGGUUUGUGGUCUUUGGUUCAUGGUGGACGUGGACGGUGGAUCAAUGACGGUCAUGCUACUUUCUAUGGCGGCCCAGAUGCAUCUGGUACUUUGGGUGGGGCGUGUGGUUAUGGAAAUGUAUAUAGCGCGGACUAUGGGAUUAAAACGACGGCGUUGAGUCCAGCAUUGUUCGACAAUGGGCUGAGUUGUGGGGCUUGUUUUGAGGUUAAGUGUGUGAAUAACCAAAAAUGCCUUCCCGGCUCCGUCGUGGUCACCGCCACCAACUUCUGUCCUCCCGGCGGUUGGUGCGCCCCUUCCCUCCACCAUUUUGAUCUCUCUCAACCUGCCUUCCAAACCAUCGCUCAAUCCAUCGCCGGGGUCGUUCCCGUCGCUUAUCGAAGGGUUAAAUGUGCAAGAGAGGGAGGAAUAAAGUUCAGAAUAGAAGGGAAUCCAAACUUCAAUUUGGUGCUAAUAAGCAAUGUGGGAGGUGCUGGAGAUGUUCAUGCAGUUUACAUCAAAGGGGGUAGGAAUAGUUGGAAGGCAAUGGUUAGAAAUUGGGGUCAAAAUUGGCAAAGCAAUGAUAAUCUUGUAGGACAAUCCCUUUCUUUUAAGGUCAUUACUAGUGAUGGUCACUCACUUGUGUCUUACAAGGUUGCUCCUUCUAGUUGGUCCUUUGGACAAACUUUUGUUGGCAGACAGUUCCCUUAAAACACUUUUUAAAUCACACAAAUACCACAUGUUAAUUCGAAUGUAUUAGACUUUUUAAAUUUUUGAUACGGUACGUAUCUAUGUUUAG